GACAUUACUGUUUACUCUGCCCGAUAAAAACUCCAUUCACAGGGCUCUGUAUGGUUGUCUUUAUAAGAACAAAGACUCCAACGUAAUGGGAACACAAAGCCUUGAAAAUUUGCAUAGCUCCUUUAGUCCACAAAAGUCCUACAUUCCGUGUGGAAUAGAGAAGGAAGCUCACCCUGUGACACGGCAUCGUUUUAGCUUAAAUCACUCCGAUAUCUAAAGUUAACGUAGAUAUUCUUCAAGUUGGGAUAAGCCAUGGCAGCUGAGCGUCAACAACCCAGCGGAGGGAUCGAUGCUGCAACACGUUUAAAGGUUGCAGUAAACAAAGGAGAUCCAGAUCAGUUGAAGCAUGUUUUAUCAAAUCCGGAAGAGCUACUCAAUGUAAAGGACCAACAUGGCAAUACAGCCCUGCAUAUAGCUGUUGGGAGAAACUAUGUGCAUAUAAUAAGGCAGUUGAUAGAGUUUCAGCCGGACCUUUGUUAUUGUACUAAUGACGACCAUGAAACUCCUAUUUGUAUAGCAGCAAAACUGGGGCAUCUGGAAGCACUGAAAGAGUUGAUUGAAAGUAAACCAGAUGCUGUUAAGGAGCCAAACAAUUGUGGAAUGAACGUCCUACACUUAGCUUCCCAAGUUAGUCAAGUGCGAAUUGUUGAUUACUUGAAUAAAACAGAAAAGGUAGAUUUAUCAGAGUUGGUGAACCAGGGAAUUGAGAAGCCUCCAUAUAUAUACGAGGGAGAUGAAAAGCCCCAAAUUACAACCAAUUAUCCUCGUUCAAUGAUUGAGCCCUUGGAAAGUGGAGACACACCUCUACAUAUUGCAGCAAGAACUAAAAACUUUCAUAUGGUGGUUUCGUUGCUGAAUAUACCGGGCAUAGACAAGGAAGCAUUCAACAAGGCAGGAGUAACAGCCCUGGACAUUGUAAGAGAAAACACAGAGUACCACGAAAGUUACCGGAUAAUUUCACUACUGACCAAUUAUCCUCCCAAGAGCAAGCCUUUACUGUACAGCGCCCCAAAGGUGAGUGCCCUAAAAUAUGAGAAUGCCAUUGACAUGAUCAAUAAAACAUAUGAUGGCAGGCGCAACACAGAAUUAGUGGUAGCAGUGUUGUUGGCCACAAUGUCCUUUACGGCGGUCUUCACCAUUCCAGGAGGUUUCAAGACAGAGAUACAUAAAGAGAAUGAAGAGACAGAUAAAAUGUUAGGCCUGCCAAUUCUGAUUGGAAUCGAAUCCUUCAAGCUGUUUCUCAUUUUCGAUUGCCUGGCCUUUUUUGUGUCUCUAUUUGUGGUGCUCAUGUGGCAGAUGAGCACACCUCUUACCACGGGAGAUAAGGUAUUGUUCCUAAUUAUCACUAACUUGUUGGUUUGCACCUCCUUUGCCUUCACAGCGUAUGGUUUCAUGGCUGCUGUCUAUACCAUGCUUGCCCAUAAGCGCCAAAAGCUUGCUUGGGUUCUGUUUUGGGCAUGCACCAUCAUCGGCUGCACUGGUAAUGUCGUUUUUUUCUACUUGGCUGCAAUGUUUUCUGUGAAGUUGGCCAGAUUCAACUUCUUGCGCGGUGUACAUCCUUUCCUUCGUGAUCGUCUGUUGGAGUUUGUGUGGCUCAAAUUGGAAAGUAUUGGGGCUUUAGACUGCAUCCGCUCGUGCAAAAUCAGAUACAUUAAUUGGCUUUAUGGCUAUAGGCUCAAGAAAGAAGGAAAAGAGGAGAGUCAAUCAACAGAGCUGGUAAGUGGAGUCAGAUCCGGUAAAGAGGGGAAUCGAUCUACUGGCUGUUUAUCGAUGAGCUCUAGUAACAGGUAUGAGAUUUUGUAAAGAGGAGAAAAUCGAAAAUCUAUCCGAUGCUUAUGUAUGAGAUCUAUUAACUUCAUAAACAAUGUAUGUUCAUUAAGAAAUUUUAAGUUAGAGAUGUUUAGAUA